CCGGGCCCAGACUGUUUUAUUGACGCAGGCGCACUAGGGCCCAACAAAGGGCCGAAAUAAGAACGGUUCGCAAGUGAAUCUGAUGUAUUUAUGUCAUAAAAAUGGUGAGAUCUGUGAAGUGGAGGCAGCAAAUUAGGAUAUUUGACGUGUCAAAUCAUGACCGAGGCAUCUGAAAAUGCCUACCUGGUGCGGGUGCGGGCGCAAGUGAUGUGCCGCGACGAGGGCACUGGGGGAUGGCUGGCGCUGGGCGGCGGCGGGCUGGCACACGUGAUGGUCGGCCGCCGCCGCGCAACCACGCAUUCGCAUCACCACGCACACUCGCAUCUCAACGGCAAUGGCGGCGACAGUACGGAGACGACGUCGUCUUCAACGGCGCCAGUGCAUGAGUACUUCAUUCACGGCCGUCGAAUCAGCGAUAACAUGGUGGUUCUUGAGUGCACGAUAAAAAAGGAUUUUCAGUACAACAAGGUGAUGCCUACCUUCCACCACUGGGUGACUGAUGAGAAGCGCUUCGGGCUCACUUUCCAGACAGCCGCUGAUGCCAGGGCAUUUGACAAGGGCGUUAGGACCGCCAUUGAAGAGUUAUUGGACGGAUUCCUACAUGGUCUGGGUGGGGCGUGGCCGUCGUUACACGCGUACAAACAACUCAACCCAGCGCCGAAAGACGACGAUGAGGAGAACAACAUAUUCGAGUGUCUGAACCUGCCGACGGAAUCCCGUUCGAGCUCAGAAAACUCGACAGCGUCGCGGCCGCGCGCGCGCGACCCGCAGAUCCUCUCGGCCGUCACGCUGCCUCUACACCCACCGCCAGAGUCGCUGCAAUAUGAGGAGCCAAAAUUGGACGAGGAUUCAUCCGAUCGAUUCGCUCGACCCACCUACGUACAGCUCAACCCGAUACACGACUACCAGUACCCGGGCAUGGGGGCUGGCGUAGGUUCGGAGAAGACCUCGCCCAACACCAAGCCGCCGCUGCUCAAACGCGACUCUGGCUCAAUCAAGAAGUGCGGCUACAGCGGCCCGCCGCCGCUCCCGGACAAGAAACCUGCGGAAACCUUCCAAGCGCGGCUCAAAUGCAGACACUGCCACGAGUGGUACCUGGAGAGCGCGAACCGCGCAGGCGCAUGCGAGUUCGCGCCGGACUGCUUCAAGUCCUGCAUCGACGCCGUCUCCUGCAUCAAGUGCGCGCAGUGCAUGCUGUACCACUGCAUGUCGGACUCUGAAGGCGAGUACGUGAGCCGGCCUUGCUCCUGUGCACCCGCUGAUCACGCCUGCGCAAAGCGGUGGGUGGGGCUCGCGCUGCUGAGCCUGGUGGUGCCGUGCCUGUGCUGCUACCUGCCGCUGGCGGGCGCGCGGGCGGCGGCGCGCGCGGCGCGGCUGGCCGGCGGACAGCACGCGCCCGCGCAGCCGCCGCCGCGCAACGCCGACAGCGCCGACAGCGCGGACGUCGUCGUGCACCCGCCGACGCCGCACCCGCUCGACGGCGACCUGCAGUACAUCGACGACUCCGAGUGA